CUCUCGAGUUGUACUGUGCGUCUGCGAAACGCGCUUACAUUUUUUCUUUUAUAAGAAAAGAUUCGAAGAGUCAAUCGAGCGCGAAAUAUAUCGAAUAUACGUUUCAAAUUGUAAUAAAUUAUUAGAAGCGAUAGUAAACGCAUGAGCAAAGAAAAAAUGGGGAAAAUAUUCAAGUCUAAAAAGAAAUCGAAAUCUAAAAUAUCGAACACUCGAGAGGAAAUAAAAAUGUUUUUUUGUAAAUUGCAACAAACAGUAAUAAAAGAAUGUUGUAAUAAUGGUGAAAUCUCGCAAGAUUUUACUUCGCUUUAUACCGCUAGUGACAGCCAGACAUCGCCAAAAGAAAAUUCUACGUCUGUCCACACACCUCGCAAAAAAAAUUCUGCGUACGACAAUAAUUAUUGUCAACGUUGCAAACGUCUUUUAGAAGUACCUCCAAAUAUAUUGUCGUUGUCAGAGAAAAGGAUGCCCAGCUUUAUAGAAACAUGUGAAAUUGAAUUGACUUUUAUUCAAGCUGUAAUCUGGUUGAAAUCCAUCACCUCCUACGUACCUCAAAUACCAGUCGAGAAAUUACAACAAUUAUUUGAUAAUCAAUGCAAUAAACGCGAUAAAAAUAAACAUGCCAAAAAUGUUCAUGUUGAAUCGUCAUCAGCAAUUUUUGCAAAUAAAACUCCAUUGGUACACGAUGAGAUGCUCAAUAACAACGAAAACUUCAUGUUGAGUCUUAAUAAUAUUUUAGAUUCUUCGUGUAAUAUAUCUCUAAUGACUCAUGAAUCAAAUACCAAUUUUGAAGAUAUACAAAACGAAUUGUUUAGCUUUGUAUCCUCUUUAAAAGAUCAAAACGAAUCAGUCACAGAGAUUUUAAAGCCAGAAACAAGUACUGGGUACGUCAUGACAAAUGAAGAGAGGAAGGCAUUUUUAUCACAAUCUUAUUUAAUUCCGGAUGUAGACAAAGAGUCCUUGUCAGAUUUGACUGACAUGUUUGAGGAAUCUGUUACGUACAAUAAUGUGGACCAGUUUCUUCAAAAUUUUGAAAAAACAAACAGUAAACAGACAUCACAGGAAAAUUGUAAUAACCGAGUAAACAAUGAGAUCAUCGAAGACGAAAAUAUUAAUUUUACUUUAAAGAAUGAUGCUGAUAUUUCAAGUCAACUUAACUUUGUUUCACUGUCAAGAUGUCAAUCAAUCGAGUCAAUUCUUAAUUUUGAAAAAACAAACGGUAAACAGACAUCACAGGAAAAUUGUAAUAACCGAAUAAACAAUGAGAUCAUCGAAGACAAAAAUAUUAAUUCUACUUUAAAGAAUGAUGCUGAUAUUUCGAGUCAACUUAACUUUGUUUCACUGUCAAGAUGUCAAUCAAUCGAGUCAAUUCUUAAUUUGAAAUACAAUUCUGAUCAAUAUGAUGAAACUAACAACAUGGAGAUGUCAAAUAAUAAUAUUAUUAAUUUUUUAACACAACUAUCAAUAACUGAUAUAAAUGAUUUGUCUCAAAUUUCUCUAAUUUCCUGUAGUACACCUCGGGAACAUAAUGAUUGCAACAAUUUUCAAACCGAUCAAAUGCAAUCGAAAACUUUACAUGAUUAUAAUGACGCCGAUUUCGAACAUCAAACCAACAAUAAAAGUCCCUGUGUACAGAUAAGCGAUGCCGCUACUGAAGAUGAAAAGAAUGAUAGUGCAUACAGUACAUGGCAAAUCGAGACAGUUAAUCAUGAUACCGCGACAACAAAACCUAUCGCCAAUAAACCGGUUACUAAUACUAUUAAGCAUCAAUAUAAUCUGCGACAUCGCAAGGAAAAGGUGAUUACGAACAAAGAAGUAACAGCCUCUUCUUCAUUGAUACAGAAAUCGAUAUAUAAAGAACAACAUUCUAUGGAAAAGUCUUCGUCGAAGAAACGUAAAUCGAAACCUGCGAAAAAUGUAUCGGAGAAAACGAAGAAAAAUAAAAAAAUGAUCUCUGCAAACUGGUUGAAUUUUACUGUAGAAUUGUUGAAUGCAGAACACGUAAUUUAUACAUCAGUCAAGACAAUCGUUUCGGCAAUUUGUGACAAGAAAACAGCGCAACUAUACGUCCAACAUAGAUGUUGGAAGGAUACUUUGGAAGAGGAAGCUGUAAACGCAGUGUUGAAUAUAGUAGAUAUUCUUAAAACAGAGAAGAAGCCCAAUAUAUGCGAAGAUCUAAUCGAAACGGCGAUAAUCAAAACUUUAGACGAGAUGAUAACAUCUAUACAAUUAGAGACAUCCAUAUGGGUAUUUCACCUAGAAAUAAUUCUACAGUUUUGUCAACUGCUGACGAUAUGCAUCAAGACGAUCAAUUAUUUGAUUGCGAUGUUAGAAUCAGUUCAAUCUGUAUUGCUUAACACAAUGAACAGAAAUGAAAUACGGAUUAUGGAAACAAAUCAGUUGCAUUUAAUAUUUUACGCGUUUGACAUUGCUUUACGGAAAUAUUGUGAAUUAGUACCGAGAGACAAGAAAUCUCAAUUUCAACUCGUGAAAACCGCGAUACCUUGUAUCGAAGAUCGUUGGAAGAUUCAUUAUAAAAAAAAGAAUAAAUUCGAAGACGUAGACUUCGAUCUGGAUGCUAUUGAAAAACAAUGGCUAAACGUAUUACAAAAAUUCACAGUAGUAUCCGUGAAGCAUUCCAUAAUGGCACCAUUCGCCAACGUUUCAUUUUUGUUAUAUAACAUAUUAAUCUCAGUUUAAUGUAUAUAAAGUUUUAUGGAUGCUAUUGAAAAACAAUGGCUAAACGUAUUACAAAAAUUCACAGUAGUAUCCGUGAAGCAUUCCAUAAUGGCACCAUUCGCCAACGUUUCAUUUUUGUUAUA